AUGCUCAUUCUCUCGACGGCCCUCCUUGUCAUCUCGGCCUUCAACUAUGGUUUCAGCGACCAGGCUUUUGCAUCCUGCCAGGCCAUCGAGGCUUUCAUCCGCCAGUUUGGCCGUUAUGACAAAGUCCUCGAAGCAUACGAGGCUCCACCCUUGUUCACGGCGCUGUACAACAGCCUGAAGGCUGGGACGCAGAUCAUUGGCGUUUUCGUCGGCAGCUGGAUCAGUGAUAGGUGGGGACGACGGAUGUGCGUCUUCGUCAUGAGUGUGUACGCCCUCGGUAGUGCCUCUGUGGUCAUCAGCGCCCAAAACGACGGCCAGAUCCUCGCCGGAAGAGCGUUGCAUUACGUCUACCUCGGCAUGCAGCUGGCCGUCAUUCCCACGACUCUUGCGGAGAUAGCCCCGGCCAAGAUCCGCGGUGCCGUGGGCGUGCUCUACUGGCUAAACGUUAAGGUCGGCGGGUUCGUCGUCACGGCCAUCACGCGCGGUACUUCCACGAUCCCUAACAACGCCUCCUGGCGCAUCCCCUUCGGCCUCAUCCUCAUCAUACCCGCGAUCGUCAUCUCCCUCAUCUGGUUCACCCCAGAAUCUCCGCGAUGGCUCCUCCUACGCGACCGCCAAGAGGAUGCUCUCAAGUCCCUCACGCGCCUCAAGCACAAGAAUACAUCCCUCGAGAAUAUUCAGGUAGAGUUCGACGAGCUCUCGCGUCGCGUCUCCGCGCAGCUACAGCGGAGAAGGUUCAGAGAUCUUUUCGUGGCACAGAACCGGCAGCGCACCUUUGUCGUUAUCAUAAUGAACUUCUUCCAGCAGGCGAGUGGGCAGGCCUUCGCGUCGCAGUACGGCACGCUUUUCGUCAAGGCAUUGAAGACGGUCAAUCCAUUCAGUGUCACGUUGGGGACGAAUGCCACUGAUAUUGGCGCUCUUGUUAUCUCUCUCCUCACUAUUGACAUACUGGGACGAAGAACCCUCAUGAUUGUUAGUUCGACGCUGCAGUCGAUUGCCCUGAUGGCUAUGGGCAUCCUAGGCUCCGUCCAUGACGACAACGGCGUCAAGGAAGGCAUCAUCUCCAUGCUCCUCAUCUUUAGCUUUGCCUGGUCUCUUGGAUGGGGCCCUCUGACCUACGUGAUCGGAGCAGAGAUCCCCUCUGCGCCCCUACGAGAGGCCACGCUGCAGAUGGCCUAUACGUUGAAGCUAGUCACCGAGUUCGCGGUGACUUUCUCUUACCCUUAUCUCGAAACACCCGAUGACCUAGGCCACGUUGACCUCGGCGGGCGGCUCGGUUUCGUAUAUGGUUCAUUAGCCAUUCUAUCGCUAUUAUUUUCCUACUUCUUCAUCCCUGAGACACAGGGGAUAGAACUCGAGGACAUCGACGUGAAAUACGGAGUCCAGAACGAUUCGAACAACAGCAAUAAGGACAUGGAGGCACUAGAGUCUAUCCCAGUUUCUAAUAGCGCAGCAACAGAAGCAUCAUACCAGGAAUCGGUUUUGUUGGGGUCAAAUUAG